UGGCACCAAACAAAAUAGUGCGGAGAGGUGCGGCGCGCUGCGCAUCCCUAUCCCAGCUCCGGCCGCUUUUAGCCGAGCGCGGAGGAGCUCCUGCAGCCCUCCUCCACCCUCUGCCGCCUCGCGGGAGCGGCCUGCGCGGCCUCGGGACGGGCGGAAGGAGACAUCCAAGUAUUCUUCCGCCGAGUGUGUGUGUGUGACAGAGGAAGUAGUUCCGGCCCCGCCUGGACCCUGUUUCCCCAAAAUAGCGCCCGGCGGGGAUCCGUGCGCGGGCGGCAGUGUCUCCCCGGGAGCCUGGGAGCAGCCGCGCGGAGAGGUGUCCAGAUUCGCCAGCCGUGCCGGGGAGCGGAGAGAGAGAGAGAGGUUUUUUAUAUAAAGAAACAUCAACCAUUUUGUUGGGUGGAAGACAAACCAGUGCAGAAGAACUAAGUAUCAUGUGUUAGGAUACUGAAGAGAGAGAUUUCUUGGAUUAUUGUGUUCCUGGACUAAAAAGGGAAAGGAAAGGACGGUGAAAAUGGGGAGGAAGAAAAUACAGAUCACAAGAAUAAUGGAUGAACGGAACAGACAGGUGACCUUUACGAAGAGGAAGUUUGGAUUAAUGAAGAAGGCAUACGAGCUGAGUGUGCUCUGUGACUGUGAAAUAGCACUCAUCAUUUUUAACAGCUCUAACAAACUCUUUCAGUACGCCAGCACUGACAUGGACAAAGUUCUCCUCAAGUACACAGAAUACAACGAACCCCACGAGAGUCGAACCAACUCGGAUAUUGUUGAGACCUUAAGAAAGAAAGGCCUUAAUGGUUGUGAGAGCCCUGAUGCUGACGAUUACUUUGAGCAAAGUCCACUAUCGGAGGACAGAUUCAGCAAACUAAAUGAAGAUAGUGAUUUUAUUUUCAAGCGAGGCCCUGCUCUGAACAAGAAAGAACACAGAGGGUGCGACAGCCCAGACCCUGACACUUCAUAUGUGCUUACACCACAUACAGAAGAAAAAUAUAAAAAAAUUAACGAAGAGUUUGAUAAUAUGAUGCGGAAUCAUAAAAUCGCACCUGGCUUACCUCCCCAAAACUUUUCAAUGUCCGUUACGGUUCCAGUGUCCAAUCCCAAUACUUUAACCUACAGUAACCCAGGGAGUUCCCUUGUUUCCCCAUCACUGGCAGCCAGUUCAUCGCUAACAGACACGACCAUGCUCUCACCACCUCAGGCCACGUUGCAUCGGAACGUAUCACCUGGUGCCCCUCAGAGACCACCGAGUACUGGCAACACAGGUGGCAUGCUGGGGACUACUGAUCUCUCGGUGCCAAACGGAGCUGGUACUAGUCCAGUUGGAAACGGUUUUGUGAACUCUCGAGCUUCACCAGGCCUUCUAGGAACCACUGGUGGGGGGAAUGGUUUAGGCAAAGUUAUGCCUACAAAGUCUCCACCUCCACCUGGGGGAGGUAAUCUUGGAAUGAACAAUCGCAAACCAGACCUGCGGGUUGUCAUCCCACCCUCCAGCAAGGGCAUGAUGCCUCCAUUGUCGGAGGAGGAUGAAAUGGAGUUGAAUACCCAAAGGAUAAGCAGCUCUCAGUCUACACAGCCUCUUGCUACCCCUGUGGUGUCUGUGACAACUCCCAGCUUGCCUCCACAGGGACUGGUAUAUUCAGCCAUGCCUACUGCCUACAACACUGAUUACUCGUUGACUAGCGCAGACCUGUCUGCCCUGCAGGGAUUUAACUCCCCAGGAAUGCUGUCUUUAGGACAGGUAUCUGCCUGGCAGCAACACCAUCUAGGGCAGGCAGCCCUCAGCUCUCUGGUUGCCGGAGGCCAGCUAUCUCAGGGUUCAAAUCUGUCCAUUAACACCAACCAAAACAUCAACAUCAAGUCCGAACCGAUUUCACCUCCCCGGGACCGCAUGACUCCAUCUGGGUUCCCGCAGCAGCAACAGCAGCAGCAACAGCAGCAGCAAUCACGGCAGGAAAUGGGUCGCUCCCCUGUUGACAGUCUCAGUAGCUCCAGCAGCUCUUACGAUGGCAGCGAUCGGGAAGACCCGAGAAAUGAUUUCCAUUCACCUGUUGGGCUGGGAAGGCCGCCAAAUUCAGAAGAUAGAGAGAGCCCAUCAGUGAAACGGAUGAGAAUGGAUGCCUGGGUGACAUAAGCACUCAGUGUGGUCACUCCUCUUUUGUGUUAUCAUAAUGAACUGUCCUGACAUAUCUAAAUUUAUAAAUAAGGACAUGAAAUAAGUAUGUUUAUAUGUAUAUACAUACGUGCAUAUAUAUAUCGUCACAUGCAUAUAUAUGUGCGAGUGUGUGUAGCAUACACAGAAUCAGCAGGCACUUACUACGAACUCCUUGUAUAGCUGCAGAUGUCCCAUGGUAAAAAUAUAACAAAACAAUCCUAUAGGCAUUGGGCUAGUCUGGCACUUACCUGGACUUGUUGUUUUAAUAAUAUAACCUGUUUUGCAAAGAAACAUUGUACCCAUAUAUAAUCCUACCACACUAGAUUGCAGAAACCAAGAGGGCUCGCCUGUAGUAAUGUCCCUAUGUGUUUUAUUAAAGCCGUAUGGUUAUUUGUAGUUAAGAAACAAUGCUUUGUAGCAGCAGAGCAGUAGAAAAGCAGGAAAAAGAAAGCAAUACUGUACAUAAAAAUGACCUUUAUAUUACCCAACCCGGCAUGGGUCUCUAUUGCAGAGGGUGCAUGGAGAAGGGCUGAUGCUAUAAAAACCUGUUUUGCACGUGCAAAAAAAAAUGUAUUGGGUCAAAGAAGUGAUUUUUAAUGACUAGAAGUGAAAGAGAGAGAGAGACACAAAGAGGUCGCAUGAAAUAUUCAGAAAAUAUUAGCCUAGAAAAUAGAGCAUUAACAAAAUAAAAAAGUAAUAUAUUAAGUUAUAAUUGGAAUAUGUUUGAAAAGUUUCUUUACGUUCCUACCUUUGAAAAAUAUAGAAAGAAACGGAUUUUAGCUCAUGUAUAUUUUAUAUUAAAGAAAACAAUACCCUUAUGAAUUGAAGACUAUAUAUAAAAGUUAUAUACAGUACUUUUGAACACAUUCUGCUAUGAAUUAUUUAUAUAAGCCAAAGCUGUAUGUUGUAGCUUUUUUGUAGAGUAUAGUUUUAUCUUGUUAUUUUGACUUUCUAGUUUUUGCUUUCAGAAGAGGAAAAGAAAAACUUGCAGGCGGAACCUUGGGGGAAAAAUAAGCCAUGAACACUUAUUAUUCUAUAUGUAAAUUAAAAUUUGAGCCAAACUCUUUGUGUAUAUAGCAUCUUAAAUAUAUUAUCACCUUUGGUGUAAGUACCUAUGUAUUGUACGUUCACCAGAUUAAAAAGUAUAUUUUUGUGGAUUGACGCCAACUUGAAAAAGGCGAGGUCCUUAUUAAGUAGAGUAUUCACUGUUUAAUAUUUACUAUUUUGUUAAAUAUACUGUACUUUCUUUGGAUUUUAAUUAUUAUUAAUAUUAUUAUCCAGAUUUUUCAGAGGGUGUAUAAAGGGGUUGUCCCCCUCACUGGUGGUGAAUGUGUGCCGUUCAAUUGUAAUCUCUGUGCUGUAUGGUUAAGCUUCAUUAUACAUUUUAUAUAUAUGUAUAUAAAUAGCAAAGUGGCAAAAAAAAAAAAAAUCCGGUGUUAAGUUCAUCAUGCAUAAAUAUUAAAAAUCUGUUACAACACAUUUUAAGGCAUUAUUUUAAAACUGCCUCUUCUGAGAGAAAAAACAGUGGAAAAACUUGACCUAAUUACUCAUGUUAGGGAAAUCACACACAUCAGAUGAGCACAAAAGGUUUUGCAAGUGGUAAGUGGUUUGGGAACAAAAUAGUUCUUUGGAAAUAAAUCCUCUCUUCUCUCCUUCCCCUGUUCAAGAAAGGGAUCGAUGAAUCCAGAGGCCCAGUGUGUCAUGUAAUUGCUUAGUAUCUAAAGCCCCAUCUGGAGUACCCUGCAAGUAACUUUUUGCCACAGUGGGACACUUGCCUGAGCAACACUACUGGGACGUUAACCGCACUGUCAUCUCUCGUCGUUAUUAGGCUGCCUGCAGAUUGCAAAACAAAAAAGAAGCUAAAACUGUAUCUGUACAGACAACACCUUGAAGGGUCCAAGAACCUGACACAACUGACUUCUCUUUAGUGAGUGUGCUUAGCUCACAUUUUCGAUUAAAGAUCUAAUGGAUGCCUUUGGGCCCGUGCUGUUGCUUGCUGCUUUUUGUGCAUGCAAAAUAUCCCUCUUCCCUAGGAACCAAAUUAAAAUGUGGAUUUUGAAGAAAUACAAACAUUACUGCUCGCAGCUUUAAUGACGGGGGGAAAUGAAGAGGCGGCUGUGUUGCACACAACUCCCUGAUAUUUAUUAAAGAACGUUUUCCUUGGAUAUUUAACACCUUUCUUCUUAGAAAGGGAAUUUUCUGGCCAGUCAUUCAGUAGCCACUUUAACCCAGAAACGUGGGAAGGACAUCCAUAUGAGAAACCAUUUCUCUCUCAUGUGCUUGUAUCAUGAAUAAUCAAAGAAGAAACGUACCACAGAUGGCUUCUAAGACACCGAUGGUGUUGCCACUGUUACUUCCAGGGAUAGAAAAUUAAAGCAAAUGGUUGGGGCAAAAUUGAGUCCCCCUUUCAAAUUAACGUAUUUAGUAAAUUAAAUCAAGGGAACGGUUAUUGGCUCAAACAAGCCUACAAAAGAAACCAUCACACUUUUCACCUGGCAACAAUUUCCAAAGUCACUCAAUUCACUUACCACUUCUCAGGACCUUUAAUGCUUUGAAAAGCUAUGUGAUUUUUUUUUCAUUAUUUAUGCACAUAUAUGAACUUUGCUGUACAUUGGAGUGGGAGUUUUGCAUUCACAUUUACUGUCUAUUUUCUUGUGUGCCUUACGAGAUGGCUUUGCUGACUGUAUCUCAAUAGUCUUUAUUUCUAUGCAGGUUUAUAAACAGCGCCAUUAUGUUUUCUAAAACAAUGUUACAUAAGGUUUGGAGUUUGUAUUUAAGUCGCGCCAACUGACUAAUUUCAAUUUGUUCAAUUCUUAGGAACUGAGGAUCAGACUGUUAACCUGUAGCCCAUAUAAUCCUGGAAAGGACUCCAUUAGAUAAGCCUUUGUGCAAACAUCCCAUAUGUCUGCGGAAGAACCUCACACCAAUAAUAAAAGGGGAACUCUGAUUUUUAAUAACACUAAUAGUGUAACUUUGAAACAUUACUUUUUUAGGAGAUGUAAAACUGUUUUGUAGAAAAGAAAAAGACAUAGCACAGGAGAACAUUUCAGCAAUUGAAAAAAAAAAACAGGAUUUUUUUAUUCAAUGAGCAUAAGACACACGGAUCAAAGUUGCAGAUGUAUCAAAUCUAAUAUGACUUUGUUGGAUGUAAAUUGAUUUGAGAGAGUUUGAUCGGCCAAGAUGACAAAUCACUGCUCUGGCUUUGAGGUCUAAUGAGUAGCAUUUAAGAAAAAAAACAAUCAGGUUUGUCAGAGAAAAAUGCUUUAGCAUUUCCUUUUGCUGUAAAGGACACUAAUGUAUGAAAAACUUUUCUAAGUUAUUGCGCGCACAAGAAAUAUAUAGUAAAUAAGGAACAUAAUAACUCCUAGCAAUUGAUCGUGGGAAGAAGUUAAAUUUAGAAUGUGAAAGAAAGACUUACAAAUGUAAACCUUUACUUCUUGGUAGAAACUUUCCUCACUUUGCUGUGCAAGAGAACACUGCUUUGCUAUAUUUAAAAUGGCUUUUUUAAAAGAGAUUUAUGUAUUUGGUAAAUGUUUGUAGUCAACAGUUCACACAAGAAGCUGUUCACGGUUUAACGACGAUAAGCCGUUUGGCGGCACAAGCUGGACUUUGUUGCCAUCCUUGAGACGAAUCUUUUAAGAAAAAACUAAGUUAAUCUCAAUUUUUUUCCCUGAAUGUGUUGUUUUUUCUUCAUUAUACAAUAAAUAUUCUAGUGAACUUUUUAUCGAAUGGUUAAGAAAAUGCUAGAGGUUGUUGUAAAAUAUUUGUAUCCUGCAUUCACUAAAGUAAAGAUACUGGCUUUUACUGUGUA